CUAGCAAAGGGAAGCCAACCCCAGCCUUCUGAGCACACCCUAACUAACUGAUCAAGAUCUCUCUAGAGACAUUUCUAUUGGAAUAUUCAGUGACCAAGUAGACGCCACUGCCUGCUCCUGUGCUCAGGUGAGAGCCACUGACAGCUCCUCCCUGCAAAGUGCAUAGGCCUUCUUCUCCAAGUGAGUUUUGCAAUAGAAGAGCUGUCACUGUGAACAGGUGAAAAAGAAAAGCUCUGGUCUGCUUCUUCCUGUUGGAACAGCUGGCUCAGGCACAGGAAACAAGACAGGUAGCUGGUAGAAUUUAUCGCCAAAGACCAGAAACAUGCACUGUGCCAUCCUAAAGGCAGAAGCAGUGGAUGGAGCUCAUGUGAUGCAAAUCAUUUGGCACGAUGGGGCAGAAUCCCUCUACCCCGCAGUAUGGCUGAGAGACAACUGCCAGUGUUCAGACUGCUACCUGCAUUCAGCAAAAGCUCGGAAACUUCUCCUGGAAGCUCUCGACGUGAACAUUAGAAUCAAAGACUUGGCAUUUGACCGGGAAAAGGUUUAUAUCACGUGGCCCAAUGAGCAUUACAGUGAAUUUGAAGCUAACUGGCUGAAGAAAAGAUGUUUUUCCCAACAGUCCAGAGCAAGACUCCAAGGAGAAUUGUUUUUACCAGAAUGUCAGUACUGGGGCUCAGAGCUCCAGCUGCCAACUCUGAAUUUUGAAGAUGUGUUAAAAGAUGAUGAGCAUGCAUACAAAUGGCUCUCCAGCCUCAAGAAAGUAGGCAUUGUGAGACUCAUUGGAGCAGCUGACAGACGCGGGGAGAUCACAAAACUUGGGAAAAGAAUUGGCUUCCUGUACCUCACAUUUUAUGGACAUACUUGGCAAGUGCAGGACAAGAUUGAUGCCAACAAUGUGGCUUACACAACUGGAAAGCUCAGUUUCCACACUGACUACCCAGCCCUCCACCAUCCACCUGGGGUUCAGCUGCUGCACUGCCUAAAGCAAACAGUCACAGGAGGUGAUACUGAAAUCGUAGAUGGGUUUAAUGUGUGCCGAAAGCUCAAGGAAAAGAACCCUCAAGCCUUCCACAUUCUGUCCUCCACCUUUGUGGAUUUUACAGACAUUGGAGUGGAUUACUGUGAUUUCUCUGUGCAAUCUAAGCACAAGAUCAUAGAGCUGGAUGAUAAAGGCCAAGUGGUUCGCAUCAAUUUCAACAAUGCCACCAGAGAUACGGUCUUCGAUGUACCCAUUGAAAGAGUUCAACCUUUCUAUGCUGCCCUGAAAGAGUUUGUUGACCUCAUGAACAGCAAAGAAUACAAGUACACCUUUAAGAUGAAUCCAGGUGAUGUGAUUACCUUUGACAACUGGCGCUUGCUUCAUGGUCGCCGUAGCUAUGAGGCAGGAACUGAGAUAACUCGCCAUCUGGAAGGAGCUUAUGCUGACUGGGAUGUAGUGAUGUCAAGGCUACGCAUUCUUCGACAGAGAGUCAAGAACGGAAACUGAAUCUCCUGGCCUUAAAUUGUAGUGCAAGUCCAGUGGCUGAAUGUUGAUAUCUAAAGCCUGGUUAUUCUCCUAUCCUGACCAGCAACAUUUACAUAUUAAUGUCUUUAAAGCUGAACAGGUAACUUUUCUCAUCAUAAUAUUCUUUCCUGCAAUCACAUUGAAUGUCAGCUUGUUAGAUGUCCUGAUAGAGGGCUGGCUUAAGGCGUCAUUCUGCGGCACGUGUGCUCUGACUUCCCUUGCUUUCGCGAGUGUCACCAGAAUACCUUUAGUUUUGUAUCAAACAAAUCUCUCUUAUUAAUAAAACUUUUCUAUACAUAAAUAAAUAUUAAAAUAAAGCUUGUGCUUCCCGUAAAAGGUUUUAAAACA